AGAAAGGAGAGCAGAAAAGUGGGAUUGGGGCGGAAGGGAAGGGGCGGAGGCGCGGGAGUGAGCGGGGCGCGUCCCGGAGCCCAGCUCGGCAGAGUGCGGGGCCCUCCCUGCCCGCGGCGUUCUGAGCUUCGGCUGCAGCGCCCCCACCCCGGCGUCCCGGGGCCCGACCGCUAGAGGGAUGGUGGCAGCAGGCCGCGGGCCAGCGCAGCCGCCCCCGCCUCCUGGCCCGUGAGCCCGGCUGCUCCCCGGGGCAUGCGGCUGAGCCCCUGGCCCCAGACCGCGAGCUGGUCGCACUCCCAGCGGCCCCACCAUGGCGCGCCUCCCCACGCGGCCCUGCGCCCGCCUUCUCGCCCUUUGCGCGUUGCUGCCCGCGCUCGCAGGUCUCAACAUAUGCACUAGUGGCAGUGCCACCUCAUGUGAAGAAUGUCUGCUAAUUCACCCAAAAUGUGCCUGGUGCUCCAAGGAGGACUUUGGCAGCCAGCGGUCAGUCACCUCCCGGUGUGAUCUGAGGGCAAACCUGGUGAGAAACGGUUGUGGAGGCGAGUUCGAGAGCCCUGUCAGCAGCACCCAGGUCCUUCGGAGUCUGCCUCUCAGCAGUAAGGGCUCCAGCUCCUCAGGCUCUGAGGAUGUCAUUCAGAUGACACCACAAGAAAUUGCUGUGAGCCUGAGGCCCGGUGACAGGACUGCCUUCCAGCUGCAGGUCCGACAGGUAGAGGACUAUCCUGUGGACUUGUACUACCUGAUGGACCUCUCCCUGUCCAUGAAGGAUGAUCUAGACAGCAUCCGGAAUCUAGGCACCAAACUUGCUGAGGAGAUGAAGAAGCUCACCAGCAAUUUUCGACUGGGGUUUGGAUCUUUCGUAGACAAGAACAUCUCUCCCUUCUCCUACACGGCACCGAGGUUCCAGACCAAUCCAUGCAUUGGCUACAAGCUGUUUCCAAACUGCGUCCCCUCCUUUGGCUUCCGCCACUUGCUGUCUCUCACAGACAGAGUGGACAGCUUCAACGAGGAAGUCCGGAAACAGAGGGUGUCCAGAAACCGUGAUGCCCCUGAGGGGGGCUUUGAUGCAGUCCUGCAGGCGGCCGUGUGCAAGGAGAAGAUUGGCUGGCGGAAGGAUGCACUUCACCUGCUGGUGUUCACAACGGAUGAUGUGCCCCACAUAGCACUGGACGGCAAGCUGGGGGGCCUGGUGCAGCCUCAUGAUGGGCAGUGCCACCUGAAUGAUGCCAAUGAGUACACUGUGUCCAACCAGAUGGACUAUCCAUCCCUUGCUUUGCUCGGAGAGAAAUUGGCAGAGAACAACAUCAACCUUAUCUUUGCAGUGACGAAAAACCAUUAUAUGCUGUAUAAGAAUUUUACAGCCCUGAUACCUGGAACGACAGUGGAGAUUCUACACGGCGACUCCAAGAAUAUUAUCCAACUGAUCAUCAAUGCAUAUAGUAGCAUCCGGUCAAAGGUGGAGCUGUCGGUCUGGGAUCAACCUGAGGAUCUUAACCUCUUCUUCACUGCUACCUGCCAGGAUGGUGUUUCUUACCCUGGUCAGAGGAAGUGUGAAAGCCUGAAGAUUGGGGACACAGUGUCCUUUGAGGUAUCUGUGGAGGCCUGGAGCUGCCCAAGCAGACCCACGGAGCACACCUUCACUCUGCGUCCAGUGGGGUUCCGGGACAGUCUGGAAGUUGGAAUCACCUACAACUGCAGGUGUGGCUGCAGUGCAGAAUCAGAGCUGGACAGCACCCGGUGCAGUGGUAAUGGGACAUACGUCUGCGGCCUUUGUGAGUGCAAUCCAAGCCACCUGGGCAGCAGGUGUGAGUGCCAGGAAGGAGAGAACCAGAGUGGAUACCAAAACCUGUGCCGGGAGGCAGAGAGCAAGCCCCUGUGCAGCGGGCGUGGGGAGUGCAGCUGCAACCAGUGCUCUUGCUUCGAAAGCGAGUUCGGGAAAAUCUACGGGCCCUUCUGCGAGUGCGACAACUUCUCCUGUGCCAGGAAUAAAGGAGUCCUCUGCUCAGGUCAUGGUGAAUGUCACUGUGGAGAGUGCAAGUGCCAGGCAGGUUACAUCGGGGACAACUGUAACUGCUCAACAGACAUCAGCACAUGCCAGACCAAGGAUGGCCAGAUCUGCAGUGACCGUGGGCACUGUGUCUGUGGGCAGUGCCAGUGCACAGAGCCAGGAGCCUUUGGGGAGACAUGUGAGAAGUGCCCAACCUGCCCAGAUGCUUGCAGUACCAAGAGAGACUGUGUGGAGUGCCUAUUGCUUCACUCGAAGAACCCAGCUGACAACCAGACCUGCCAGAGCCUGUGCAAGGAUGAGGUGGUGACCUGGGUGGAUGCUGUGGCGAAAGAUGAGCAGGAGGCAAUGCUGUGCUUCUACAAGACGGCCAAGGACUGCGUCAUGCUGUUCACCUACUCAGAGCUCCCCAGCGGGAAAUCCAACCUGACAGUCCUCAGGAAGCCAGAGUGUGGGAUGGCCCCCAACGCCAUGACUAUCCUCCUGGCUGUGGUUGGCAGCAUCCUCGGGAUCGGGAUCGUUCUCCUGGCCAUCUGGAAGCUCCUAGUCACCAUCCAUGAUCGCAGGGAGUUCGCCAAGUUCCAGAGUGAGCGGUCCAGGGCCCGUUAUGAAAUGGCUUCAAACCCUCUGUACAGAAAGCCCAUCUCCACACAUACUGUGGAUUUCUCCUUCAACAAGUUCAACAAGUCCUACAACGGCACAGUGGACUGAGUGCCUUGUCCUCAGAGGACGGGGGCCAUGGUGAAGGCAGGGACAGACACUGCGUGGACAGCUGCUCCUCUCCAUCAUAGCUCCCUAGAUAGACAAGCACAGGACCUUUUGGAGUGCCUGGGUAGGCAGCCCACUGUUGGCACUGGGUUGGAAGAGCUGUGCCACCUGGAAAAGGCACAGGGACAUUGAUGCUGUCAGCUUCCCCUGCCAUCUCCAGGAACUGGUGAGACACCAGGCUACCUCCUCUCCAGUCUAACUGGAGGGGAGACCUCUGGAGAUGUCAGAGGCCACCAACAACCACGUGGCUUCCUUCAUGUUGAUUGAUUUUACAUGAAAAGAGAAGAGCACAUGCUGAUGAUGUAGUUCUGAUUCCUGAGAACUGUCUGCCCGGUGUCCACACUUUGCCCUGGGUGUUGGUGAUGGGGAUUGAGAUGCCUGUAAAGGCAUCAUUUUUUGCCAAUGUAAAUUUGCCUCACCUGUCCCUGAGUGUUUAGGUACUUCUGUAAUGAAAAGUAAUGAGAUUGGGAUCAAAAGUAAAGAUUUAAACCAAAAGCUUUCA